AUGAUCAUUGGGGGACUCAAAAUCCUUCAAGUCCCAAUGAUAAAGUGCACUAAAGUGUCUAUUACGAGGGAAAAACGCACCUGGGAUUAUGUUCCGGAGGGAGUCAUUUCGUUCAGCGAUGAAGAUGCCGAAGGCAUUGUACAGCCUCACAACAAUGUGCUGAUUGAUUCAGGUAGCUUGGCCAACAUCAUCAGAUCAAGGGUCGUAGAGCAAUUAGGGUUAAAGGAUCAAAUUGUACCGGCAAUCGGGGUAUUUAAAGGAUUUAACAUGGCAUGUGAGACCACGAAAAGAGACAUAACUCUAUCGGUAAACACUGUCGGGACAAUCCAAGAAACGACAAUCUAUGUGAUCGAAGGGGAUAUGAGUUACAACGCUUUAUUAGGAAGGCCAUGGGUCCACAACAUGAGGGCGGUACCUUCGACCUUACAGCAGGCACUGAAAUUUCCCACACCGAGGGGAGUUAAAAGGGUCUACGGAGAGCAGUCGGCCGCAAGGGAAAUGUUUGUUAUCGAUGGAGUGAUCCCGUUGCCCAUAGUUUCGACGUUGAGGAGCGCCACUGACCCAAAAGGAAGAGAUUAA